AACAGUACCACCAGCAAUCAAAUCCUUUGAACCAUGAAAUGAAAGUGUUGUUUGACGUCCCCCCGAAAUACGUUUAAUUAUUGGACCUCUACCGCUGUUAGGACGUGAUUUUAGAUAAAGAAUCAUUUCUUGAAGGAUUACGCUUUUUGUGUAGGGUUCAUAAAACACCUUUUUUUGAUGUUUAAUCAGAGCGUUUUCGUUUUACUUCUGAUGUUAGCUCUAGCGGCGUGCAAACAUGACAAAACCAAGACUUUAAAUCACGCGGGAGAUGACAUGGAUCAUGUGCGGAGGUCAUUCCUCUUGAAGGGAAAGCCCAUAGCGUAUUGUCUUGGGGCACCAGGUCCCCCAGGCCCGCCAGGCCCCCCGGGAAACCAGGGCAUACCAGGACGGGACGGGAGAGAUGGUCGAGAUUGUCCACCAUGUAACUGCGCAAGCCCCGCCCAUGUCCCUGCACCAAGUACCCCUGCCACACCCAUCACAGAGGAAAAAGAACCCAUCGAGAUUACCGUGCCGCAUCAUGCAUGCCACCAUGGGCACCCCUCCCCACCACCUCCCCUCUCGGGACCCCCAGCUCAUGGCAUCGGGUCAGCGGCUAGGCCUGGGCAAUCAUGCGCAGACAUCCUGUACCAAAAUCCUGAAGCAACCUCAGGUACCUACUGGCUGACGAACAGUUACGGAAAACCAUAUAUGGCUCGUUGCGAGAUGCUGCAGUCUACCUGUGGUGGCACAGACGCGGGGGGAUGGACACUAGUAGCACGUGUUGCAGGUCUAUCAAAAGACUUCGCGCCCAACAGUCACAAUUGGUUCAACCAUCACGUGAUCAACCUGGGGACAUCCGCUGACCUGAACAACCCGUCGUCCAUGAAAAACCCCGGAUGGUUCUCCAUCACUAGUAACGUACUACGCGUGUGUUAUAGCGGGCCUCACAGUCACUGUGCGAACUUCACUCAUAACCAAGCAACGACACUGGCGCACCUUUUCGGGUCCAAGUUUGCCGUUCAGACGACCGAGAUGUACACAUUUGAGCAGUUGAUGAAUCUAUUUGGAAAACACUUGGAUGUCACGAAUCUCAAGACGCAAUGGUGCGGACUCAAUCUCGGGAACCUGUGCGACCUUCUCGCAAACCCGAAUACUCAUCCGGGAACUCAUAUUGUACGCAUCGGCUGCAUCGGAGACACGAGCAUUCCCCGAACUGUCUCCGGCUGUAAUCCGGACGACUACGCCAUCGGUAUUGGGGUCACAAGCUGCAAUAAUCCGAACGGAUGUCACGGCACGCAAGAGAUCACGAAGAGCUUACACUUUAGCUCUUAUCCUAGACAUUUUGGGGACUAUGCUCAGACGGCUUACAUCUAUGUCAAAUAGAAAGAACGCUACACAAGAAUGGAUACUCGGCAAAUGGCUUUAUCUAAACGGCGUACAUCUAUGUCAAA